AUGGUUUCAGUUUCGCCAUUGCAGUGUUUCCAAAACGCGUUUGGUGAGCCUGCAGUGAGAGGGCUGCGCGACGUGUUCAAACACAAAGCUUGUAGCACCGCAUUCAAUGCCAGCAAACUCCAGCAUUUUUUGAGCUUGGGAGAGAUGUCACCGCAAGUUGCACCGUGCAAGCCUCGGCCAGAAACCGAAAGAGAUGAUAUCUUGGACUUUCUCGCCAAGAUGGCAUUGCAUGCCCCAGAGGUUUGGUUCUCCGUUAUUACAGGCUUGGAGUGUCCGCAAGAUGCGAAGAACGAUUGGGCCAACAUUGGUGUUGCUUUUGAUGCAAGUUCCCGGCUUCGGCGUGCCGGCAUCGAGUAUUACCAUGCCCUUCUUGCAAACAAUCGGCAUGAGGGAGAAACUGGGGGGCUUCCACUCUGCUACUUCGACCGGCUGGCUGCUGAUGCGCGAGUUGAUUGUACCACCAAGCAGGUUCUUAGCCGUCCCAAGUCGUCCCAUGUUCGUGUUGUGGCUGUCAGUGACACGCACCUCCUCCACGACAGCUUGGAGAUUCCUGAUGGUGAUUUGCUGGUGCAUGCUGGAGAUCUUAGCUAUGAAGAGUCGCGAUCCAAAGAUGCACGUGACGUGGAUAAUAAGUGGGAUGAGUUUAACGGCGACUUUCGCAGAUUUCUGGAGUGGUUCAAGUCAUCUGAGUUGGAUGCUGCACGCGCUUUGCGAUGGCUUGGCACUGUAUCAGAGUUCGAGCACAGAGUAUUAGUUGGUGGAAAUCACGAUUAUGUGCUUGAGCGGAUCGGGAAUGCCAAUGCCAUCGAGCUUUGUCAGAAUUUCAACAUUCAUUACCUUUGCACCACGGCGGAUCCGGAGGAGCUGAGGUUCCGAAAUGGAUCCAGCGUAGCAGUCUGGGGUUCAGGGGUUUCAGCUGCGUCGAAGCUGGGUCAGGGCCGCGCAGUUCGUUCGGGAAACCUGGCAUUUCAGCUGGAGGUGGACAGCGGUGAGGCAGAGUUUCGGGAGAUGACCGCGAAGCUUCCGGCAGGGUCAGUCGAUGUCAUGAUCACCCAUGGGCCACCUUGCGGGGCUCUCUAUGGAGCCUCCGGGAAGACCUUCCCCUCAUGCAUCAAUGACCUGAUUUCGAGACUGCGACCGAAACUUUUCAUCUGCGGCCAUGCCCAUAAUCCUGACAACAUGAAAGCCGGCCAGAAAGCCGUCGACCUCGGCGAGGGAGUUUUGGGAAUAAAUGCUGCGUGCACAGGCACAUGGAAUCAGCUCUUGGGUAUGCCAUUUGUGGUGGAUAUUCCAACCGCAUGUCGUGACAACGUGACGCAGUCGGCAGGUCGCAGAGAAGCUAGCGAGUGGCUACCCCCGGCGGCACCACCAGGCAAACAGAGCCGUACGCCGCAUGAAGCAAAAUGGGGGACGGCACUGCGGCACUACGCGGUUGUUUAUGGUGUUGCGCUUUCACAGGCCCUAGGUAGUUUGGUAUUCGCGACUUCCGCAGUGCAAUUGCUUGCAUCAAGCUGUACUCAUCCGACGGUUUGCGCCGGAAUGGACGCGAAGUCGUGGCUUGGGGUCUGGUACUGGGCCCACAAUGGAUGCAAGCCGAACGGCAGCAUCACACUGAAAGUGGAGGAAGAUGGACAACGAACUCUUCAAACAACUUUCAGCUCAGGUGUGGGCACAUGGUGGCCGCAUGACCAGCAAGCUUCGUCUAUAGAAUUGGAGUGGCAGUCAAAGGCUGGCAGCCUUGUCCGACACACUCUCAAGGCAAACCCCACUGAGAUCGGCGGAAUCGGUGCAGGCCAUUCCUUUCGUGUCGUGGCAUGUCACCGCCCAAGUUGCAGCACAUCUGGAGUGAUGGAGGCUGAUGGCAAGGAGGGUCUCUCUUGGGUACCCGACUCGCGGACGAUCCGGACAUGCGGCUGGCGCAAGAGGCCUGGCACAAGUGCUACGGCUCUUCGUGUCAGCUCGGAGCUGACCUCGGCCAAGAAGUAUCUCAGUCACGAGACUCCCCCGAACAGCGGAUUCUUCGACUCUCUCUGCCCCAACUGCCGCCGGCCUUUGAACAUCGCACUCGGCUGCGGGGAGCUGUUGACAGUAACCUCGCCGCUCACGGAGGCAAAAAGGUACGAGUGCAAGGAAGAGGCCGAAGGCUACUGCAGCCCUUGCCCCAGCUGCAGGAGGCCCAUAAGCAUCUCCAAGGUUUCUGCGCCUCUUCCUGGUCAGGUUCCCUUCUUCCAUCGACCUUCUGUCGGCACUUGGCUGCAGCCGCGGCCUGGCAAGGCUUUGGCUUCCAAGCGCUCAAGGUGUGCCUAUGCCACCCUGCUCUACGGCACUUCAGUGGAGUAUGUUCGCGACGCCCGGGUCUUGGGCUUCUCGCUUCGGAAGUCCGGAACCCCUCACGACCUGGUACUUCUGCACACGAGUGAUGUCCCGGAAAAGCAUCUGGAGAUUCUGGGGCGCCUCUGGACCUUGCGUCCUGUGGACAGGAUCGAUGCUGCAAGCACUCUCUUCACACCUCACAGCCGCUUCCGUGGGGUCUUCACAAAGCUGCAUGCCUGGGGGCUCAUCGAGUACGAGCGCGUCCUUCUCUUGGACUUGGACCUGCUUGUGCAAGAGAAUGUUGACAGCCUCUUCGAGCUGCAACCGCCGGCAGCAAUGUGGGCAGCGGGCGGACAAGUCCACGGACGACAUAUCGUCGCUCCUCCUCCCUUCAAGGGUUAUCACAAGGUGGAGCCCUGGGGCAAAGCCGGCUGCGUGCAGUUCUCAGUCGUUCUGCUGUUUGCUUUGGAGGGCGGUCAGGUCAACGCUGGUGUGAUUCUUUUGGAACCGAAUCUCACGGAUUUCGGGCAUAUGAGACAGGAAGUGGAAUGCCGAGAGCAUCCCGAGCACAUCGUGACCACUUCACCCGAGCAGGACUACCUCACAAGGUUUUUCUGGCACACCCCCCACUGGACCCACAUUGACGUGUCUUACAACUUCCAGCUGCACCACCUGGCCCUGCGGCUGCCUGACAGCCAGAAGGAGUGUGAGCGCCGCCUGCUCCGGUUCGAAGACAUCCGCAUCCUCCAUUUCUCAGCCCACCCGAAACCCUCGCAGCGCGAGCCCGAUGUCUCGGUCGAGGCCUUCGUGGAGCAGGCGAUGGCUAACUACGAGGGUGUGCAAAUCUACGUCCACCACGACCCCGAAGCCAUCGAGAGGCGCAACCGCAGCGGCAAGUUCCCGAAGCUGGAGUUGCGCACAAUGGGCUCGGGCCCUGAGGCUGUCACGAAGCUCUUUGAGGAGUCCCGGGCUCUUGGCGAGGAGGGUGAGAGCACCGAGGGGGAGAAGCGGCUCUUCAAGGAAGCCACGGUGUCUCCCGCAGAGUUCCAGCGAGUCCGGGAGGUCUGCCUACGAUCCUUUCAGGCGUGGAGUGAGGUGGAGAAGCAGUGCAAAGAGUGCUUCGGAGCCCCAAGCCUUCUGGAAUCUUUCCCGGCGAAGCUGGGGAGCCAGCUGCAGGGAACUUGUGUGGAAUGGGACCGUGGGAGAGGCUUAGGGUGGAUCCGCCCGGAUGAUGGCAGCAAGCUCAUCUUCGUGCACUUCAACGGCUUAGUAGACUGCAGGGGCAUGGGGCGAACGGGGCGAGCGCAGCUGGAAGAGGGACAGCUAGUCUCCUUCUCCGUCGGUGAGGAUGACAAGGGGCGGCGUACGGCGGUAGAUGUCAGGGCGUCUGCUGCAGCGAUUGACGCGAGGCCUCUGGCAGAAGAGGGUCGGGAAGAAAGGUCGCAGCCAGCCUUAGAGGAGAGAGUUCGUGGAAAAUGCACAGCGUGGUAUGUGCAGAAGAAGUAUGGAUUUGUGUCUUAUGUUGAUGGUUGCCAAGAGAAGAAGGUUUUCCUGCACCAGAGUCAUUUGCUGGUGGAUGCAAAAGACUCGAAAGGAGUGCCUGCAUUGAAAGUUGGCCAACCGGUGCAGUUCACGCCUGCCAAGGAAGAAAAGGCUCCGGAGAAGUUGAGGGCGGUCUUCGCGACUUGCACAGAGGACGAUAACGAGCUUGUGUGCGAGGUCCAAGCCUUCGCUGCAUCGGAUGCUCGCACCAAGAGCUUCCCUCCUGGAACGCCGUGGCAGCGGAGGUUGCUACAUCAGGUGGCUCGUGACAUGGGCUUCUUCACACGAUCCGAAGGUGAGGAGCCACAUCGUUCCGUUCGCAUCUCGCGGACAGAGGAACUAAGCCCUUCCGACUCUGAGCAGAAGGUCUUGAGGCUCCAGGCUCGCAUUCAGGAGGUCGAAGAGAUGCAGGGCCAGAGCGAUUGGCAUUUCCUCCUUGGUGAUCUCACCGGCAAUGAACGGGAGCAGCUGAACGACUUCUGCAAGCUCCGCGGUCUGCUGUUGUGCCGCAGGGAGGCCCAGAACGCCAAGCAAUGCCAGCAUUUUGUUUGCAAGGAGCCAGCAGCUGUGCUGUUGACUUGA